ACAAACCCUAGAUAAUUUCCCAAAGCCCCUCAGCCUAUAAAUAAGUCAUGUUGCGACUCACAAACACUACGCUUUCAUUUCUCACUGCCUCAGCCGCUCUCGCUUGAACCAAGAGUUUGAGCUUCCAGAUCUCUGAGGUAAAUUAACAUGGGUAAAGAGAAGUUUCACAUCAACAUCGUGGUCAUUGGCCAUGUCGACUCCGGCAAGUCGACCACCACUGGUCAUCUUAUCUACAAGCUUGGAGGUAUUGACAAGCGUGUGAUUGAGAGGUUCGAGAAGGAAGCUGCUGAGAUGAACAAAAGGUCAUUCAAGUAUGCCUGGGUGCUUGACAAGCUUAAGGCCGAGCGUGAGCGCGGUAUCACCAUUGAUAUCGCCUUGUGGAAGUUUGAGACCACAAAGUACUACUGCACGGUGAUUGAUGCUCCGGGACAUCGUGAUUUCAUUAAAAACAUGAUUACUGGAACAUCACAGGCUGACUGUGCUGUCCUCAUCAUUGACUCCACCACUGGUGGUUUCGAAGCUGGUAUUUCCAAGGACGGACAGACCCGUGAGCACGCUCUUCUUGCUUUCACCCUCGGUGUGAAGCAGAUGAUUUGCUGCUGUAACAAGAUGGAUGCCACCACUCCUAAGUACUCUAAGGCAAGGUACGAAGAAAUCGUGAAGGAAGUUUCAUCCUACCUGAAGAAGGUUGGGUACAACCCUGACAAAAUCGCCUUUGUUCCCAUCUCUGGGUUUGAGGGUGACAACAUGAUUGAGAGGUCCACCAACCUUGACUGGUACAAGGGACCAACCCUUCUUGAGGCUCUUGACCUGAUCAACGAGCCCAAGAGGCCCUCAGACAAGCCCCUCCGUCUUCCUCUUCAGGAUGUGUACAAGAUUGGUGGUAUUGGAACUGUGCCAGUGGGACGUGUAGAGACUGGUAUCGUCAAGCCUGGUAUGGUUGUGACUUUUGGGCCAACUGGUCUGACCACUGAAGUUAAGUCAGUUGAGAUGCAUCAUGAGGCUCUUCAGGAGGCACUCCCUGGUGACAAUGUCGGGUUCAAUGUUAAGAAUGUUGCUGUGAAGGAUCUCAAGCGUGGUUUCGUCGCAUCCAACUCCAAGGAUGACCCUGCCAAGGAGGCUGCCAACUUCACAUCUCAGGUUAUCAUCAUGAACCACCCUGGUCAGAUCGGCAACGGAUAUGCCCCAGUUUUGGAUUGCCACACUUCGCACAUUGCCGUGAAGUUCGGUGAGAUCCUUACCAAGAUUGACAGGAGGUCUGGAAAGGAGAUUGAGAAGGAGCCAAAGUUCUUGAAGAACGGAGAUGCAGGUAUGGUGAAGAUGCUUCCCACCAAGCCCAUGGUUGUGGAGACCUUCUCUGAGUACCCACCAUUGGGUCGCUUUGCUGUUCGUGACAUGCGACAGACUGUUGCAGUCGGUGUUAUCAAGAGCGUUGAGAAGAAGGAUCCCAGCGGUGCCAAGGUCACCAAGUCUGCUGCCAAGAAGAAGUGAACAGUGGCCAGAACUCAAACUUUCACAGACGCAAACGUAUGCUUUUAUGAUACGAACUCACAUCUUAGUUGUGUGGUUUUAAGUGGUUUAGUCAGUUUAGUUUGUAAUUGUUUUAAUUCCGGUCUGAUGUUUUCAUUCUCGAGUGUCCACUACCAGAAUUGGGUGCUGGACAGGCGGUGGUGACACAUCUGAUUUAUUAUGCUUUCGGUCGCUUCCGCCUUCGGGAGGAGGAUGUUUUUGAGUUGUUAAGACUAUUUACUUUGCAAGUUUUGUUGCGUCUGUUGAAGGGAUAAUUUUUGAGCUUAUAUAUUUGUGUUGCCUUGUCUUCA